AUGGAUGGUAGAGAGAUGGACUUAUAUGAGGACUACCAGUCCCCGUUUGAUUUUGAUACGGGAGUGAACAAAAGCUAUCUCUACUUGUCUCCUACUGGAAAUUCAUCGCCACCUGGAUCACCUACUCUUCAGAAAUUUGGUCUGCUGAGAACAGACCCAGUCCCUGAGGAAGGAGAAGAUGUUGCUGCCACAGUCAGUGCCCCGGAGACCCUAUCAGAAGAGGAGCAAGAGGAGCUACGAAGAGAACUUGCAAAGGUAGAAGAAGAAAUCCAAACUCUGUCUCAAGUGUUAGCAGCAAAAGAGAAGCAUCUAGCAGAGAUCAAGCGGAAACUUGGGAUCAAUUCACUACAGGAACUAAAACAGAACAUUGCCAAAGGAUGGCAAGAUGUGACAGCAACAUCUGCAUACAAGAAGACAUCUGAAACUUUGUCCCAGGCUGGACAGAAGGCUUCAGCUGCUUUUUCAUCUGUAGGCUCAGUCAUCACCAAAAAGCUGGAAGACGUAAAAUUGCAAGCCUUUUCACAUUCCUUUAGUAUACGCUCCAUUCAGCAUUCAAUUAGCAUGCCUGCUAUGAGAAACUCCCCUACUUUCAAAUCCUUUGAAGAAAAGGUCGAAAACUUAAAGUCUAAAGUAGGGGGAACCAAGCCUGCUGGCGGUGAUUUUGGAGAAGUCUUGAAUUCAGCUGCAAAUGCAAGUGCCACCUCCACGGAGCCUCUUCCAGAACAGACAAAGGAGAGCCUGUGAGAUUCCUACCUUUGUUCUGCUACCCACUGCCAGAUGCUGCAAGCAAGAUCCAAGCACAUCAUGUCAACACUCAUUGCCGUGAAUUUCUACCAGAUGUGCUUUUAUUUAGCUUUACAUAUUCCUUUGACCAAGUAGUUUGUGGGUUAAACAAAGUGAAAAUAUCUUCACCUCUCUUCCUGGGGAAACACCCUGUAAUGUGCACUUAAGGCCCUUUAUUUAGGACACACUAUUAUAAAAAUACUUGUAGUACCUGGGGACACUCACUAGAAUGAUCUCAUAAGUAGCUGCAGUUUAUCAUAGUUGCUUUCCUACUUUAUAAAAUUGCUCUGGAUCUGGGAUACCAGUUUGAUCUUUUCUUUUUUCUUCUUUGAAUCUCUGUAUGUUUGAUUCCUAACUAAAAUUGUUCUUUUAAAUUUUCUGAAUCCUGGUUAUUAAAAGUUUUGGUAUCAUUUUCUUUACCUUCAAGGCAAGAAGUGCCAGCUACAAAAAGAUAUUUUUAAAUAAACAUUGUUUUGCUUUAAGGUACAUAUCUUGUGUAUAUGAAAACACCAGAUUAAAGUAAACAGCUCUAUAUACAGUUUUAGUAUUGUAAGUGACACUAUGUACAGUAAUUCAAACAAUUAGGUGACUUGAGAGUGGUACUCCCCACAACUUUAUCGCCAUUUAUGACAGUAAUCAUUUCAGUGUGCUGGUUAUUAUGCCACUUACAUCAACUUAUUUUUUACCAGAUUAAAAUUUUAAUUUCAGAGUAAAUUGACAAAAUAACAUUCUGAAUCAAGUAGAUUGUAUUAUCAGUAGGUUGAAAUGUGAGCACUCUCAUCAGUGUUCCAAUUCAAAAGCCUGAAAGUUUUGUUGUAGGUCUAGAGAGCUGUAAAAAUGCUAAAAUCAAUCAUAUAAGGGAAACAUUUCUGUCCUCAUGUAGUCCAUUUAUUACCAUUUAAAGUAAGCACACAAAGUUAUAUGACUAAUAUAACUUGAAAAUUUUUUAUACUAAGGGGUUGGUGAUAACUCUUGAGGAUGUAAUGCAUUAAUAAAAAUGAACUCAUCAUUUUCUACUUGUUUUCAGUGUGUUAGAAAUUAUAAAGUGAUACUUUAGACAUUGCCCCUACAUUGAAAGCUGAGGGUUGGGGCUGAAUGAAUCAAAGCCUGUGGAUAUAUCUGUGUAGAGGCUGAGGUACUCUCUUAAUUAUAACUAGUUACUCAUUGCCACCACCUUUUCCUUAUGCUGUGUAUGUUUGUGGCCUACAAGGCUGUAUUUGUUAUUUAUCAAGUUGUGCUUUUUAUUGUUUAUGCCAAAUGUUGAUUGCCUAGCUUGGAGUGACCUAAAGCAUUUUUUAAAAGCAUGAAUAGAUUUACUUCAGGAUAAAUUAUCUUAUGAAAACCAAAUUUGAAAAGCCACUAGUGUUGAUUGUUAUAAAAUAACAUGCUGCCGUUCUUGAUUAUUAGAGCUUUUGUUAGCACUUUGGAUGCAACUGAAACUAUGCUCUAUUACAUGUGAAAGCUUAAUAAAUUCUAUAUAUCAGUAGUAUAGGUCUUAAUUUUUAUCAUGAGACCAAUGGUCUGGAAAUAACUAAUUGUGUUAAAGAAUCAACUGGUGUCUGUGUUUAAAAAAAAAAAAGGCAGAUUUUUACCAACUUUAAAUCACUGCUUAAUGGUAUUAGAUUAACAUAUUAUAAUUUCCUUCUAGAGGCUUUAUGGCAAAGGUUGUUGAAUCAUUGUCCCAGAGGAAUGGAUCUGUAGAAAUUUGUCUUUUCGUAGAAAUAUUGUGGUUACUCAACAUGUGUUAAAUUAUUUUUCUUACCAGUCAGUCUUUAAUUUUUUUUAUUCCAACAUCAUUUUUUCAUUACAUUGUUUGUUGGGUGUCCUGCCCUGUUACUAUAUGUUCAGCAAGGCAAAAUAGAGUGAGAUGGCAAUUUCUUUAGUUGAAUGAAAUAUCCUCAAGUCUCUUUACUGCCGAUAGGGGGAAAAAUGAUAGAAAUGGGGUGGGAAGUAGGAUGGUGUUUGUGGAUGGGUAUUGGGGAUGGUUGUGAAAGAAGAAAUUGGAAAAUCACUUUUCCAGAUAUCUACUUGCAUUUAAUCUGUAGUAAAGUACUCUGCCUCUUAAAAGAAGUAGUGAAAAGGGUGCGGAUGAAUCUAGAAAAAUAAACAUUGAUUUAGAAAUAUUAUUCAAAAUGUUCUUUGCAACAGAUUCAAUAUUAUGAUUUCACAGAUAUUUAAGAAAUUUGAAACAGUAAUUAAUAGGAAUACUGGAAAGGUCCUGGUUACUCUAUUUUGUUUUGUGUUUGACACUAUAAGAAAACAGCAAGAGAGUGAAAUUAGAGAUAUUUAUGAAAUCUCAGAUAUUUAAGGACUCAAAGUGUAACAGAAGAAAAUAUCCCUUUCUUACAAAUAAGAAUGUCUUUAAUUUGUGGAGUUUGUGGGAAAUAAAGCAAGAAUUCUUAUGCUUAUGAGGCCAAAGUAAUCAGUGGAAGAGAGUAGAACUCAUUAAUUGGAUUAUCAUUUUAGCAACUCAAAGUAACUAUUGAAAUAUAGAAAAAAACAUUUAAUUUGGAUGGUUUCUGGAUCUGUUAACCAACAUAUACACACUAUUUUUUGUAUAGUAUUUGAAAACAAUAAAAAUUCUAUAAUUUGGGUAUGGGUUCUUUCAUAUGUAUUAACCUGUCUUUUGAGGAAAGGGGCAAGUCCAUUAUGCAACUUCUCUCCAAACCCUUCAUAUGCUAGAUUAUAUUGAAUCAGUGCAUCAAGCCAAACUGAAAAAGCUACAUGCUGGCUAUAGGUAUUCACUGACUAUUGCUGCAUAUGUGCCAGAGGAGGUGCUGCAUAAGGCGGUUUGUCAGAAUCAUGUGUCCAUAGCUCUUAAAAUCCAGAUGAAAUUUUUUUUUGCCAGUAGUGAAGAGACAUUUGGUCAUUGAUGAGUUCUUAUUUCUAGUGGCUGUCCCAUUCUAAUUGGAUUAAUUAUAGAGACCAUAAUUGGGUCACAGUCAAUGUAAAGUAUUAUCAUUUUUAGGUAAAACUGCAAACCUUAGAUUUCACAAUUUGCAUAUUGUUCUGACUCUGAAAUCAAAAUGAACCAAAAGGCUUUUCACUCUUAGUUUGUAAGCCCUCAGAGGGCAGGGCCUGCAUGUGCCUAUCACCUGUCAGGAUUUCAUACUUAAAUA